GGCAGCGGGCGGCCAGCAGCAUGGCGGUGCGGCAGUUCCCGCCGAUCGUGGACCUGAACGUGGGCGGCGUGUGCUACACCACCUCACUGGCCACACUCACCGCCUGCCCCGGCUCGCUGCUCGGCCAGCUGUUCGCCGGCGACGCGGCCGAGCCGCCGCCGCAGGACUCCAAGGGCCGCUACUUCGUCGACCGCGACGGCGUGCUCUUCCGCUACGUGCUCGACUACCUUCGCAGCCAGAAGGUGAUCCUGCCGGAGAAUUUCCAGGAGGCCGAGCGGCUGCUGCAGGAGGCCGAGUUCUUCCGGCUGCCGGAGCUGGAGGAGGCGCUCAAGUCGCCGAGCAUCGGCCGACUGCGGGUGGGCGGCGAGCGCUCGCCGGGCUGCGUGACCGUCGGCUACCGCGGCACGUUCGCGUUCGGCCGCGACGGCCUGGCCGACGUCAAGUUCCGCAAGCUGGCGCGCAUCCUGGUGUCGGGCCGCGUCACGCUCUGUCGCGAGGCGUUCGGCGAGACGCUCAACGAGUCACGUGACCCGGACCGGGGUCACGUGGACCGCUACACCAGCCGCUUCUUUCUCAAGCACUCUUUCCUCGAGCAGGCGUUCGACAUGCUGUACGACGCCGGCUUCCGCCUGGUGGCCAGCUGCGGCUCCAGCACGGCCGGCAUCCCGGGGGUCUCGGAGAAGCCCGGCUCCGACUCGGAGGAGAACCGCUGGAAUCACUACAAUGAGUUCGUCUUCGUACGCGACUGAGGCCGGCGGGCGACGCGCCGCGGUGCCAAGGGCGGGGUGGCUGGGCGUGUUUAGGCGGCAAGUUCCAGGUGAGAGGAGACUCGCAGGAGGCGAGACAGAGUCCGGCAUUGGUGCUCUGUAGAGACAGUCGGCGAGAUCCAAAAGUUUUGACCAUGACCCUCAUGGAUUGUGCCGUCGCUUGGGCCGCGUGAUGUCCAUUUUGGUGUGUGGGCGACAGCACCCAGGUCGGCGCGAAAUGGAUGAACCAUUCAACGGCAUUCGCGGCAUCUCCAGCCCUCGACAAGCAGGACCUUGACGCCGUCAACGUUGCAGCCUUGGCAAAAGCCAGUUAUAAUUAAUUGUUUCUGUUGUAACGUUGCAAUGUCUUCUAGAAGCAUUGGCGCGGGUGCCCACAUUGCGGUCGUCGCAGUUCCGCACGGCGCCUCAUUACCAGUCCGCGCUCGCAGUCCGGCCGAAUGCCCGCUGGUGUCGCGCCAAAUUAACUUCGAAUGACAUUGGUAAUGAAAACACACAUGCCAGCGGAGCACGACGAGUGAAAUGACCUAAUGCUGCCAGACUAUCCUCGAACCAUCCCGACCACGCCGUGAAUGAGCCCGUAAAGGCGGCGGAUGGGCGGGUCUGUCCGGCGGCGCGUCUCAAGCAGUCCCGGUACCCGACCCUCUUGUUGUGGACCGGUCGGUCAUUUCGUCACCCAGUCUCGGGGAGAUAAGGUGGGUACGGCAGUAAUUAAUGCUCUUCAGAGAGGCUUCUGGACGACCGUACCACUUGGAGUCACGGCACAGCGAUGGUACAGGAGUGAAACAGACGGCUAAGGCAUUUUGUGUUUCUCCGCUAUGAUUUUCAGACUUUUAUUUCCCAUCUGAGAAAAACCAAGUAUGUCAAACACCACCGGCUUCUGUAAGUCCAGACCUCAUUGAUUGCCACCGAUCAUUCGCCUAGGAGACAAUGACAGCAGGUUUGAACCAUCCAAACAACCAGCUGAAUGACUCGAACGAUCGAAGAGACAGCCCAUUUCAUUGAAAUGCCAACUGUACUAAAAGUGAUCCAAAUGCUAUGCUGGACUCUUGAUCUCGGGCAGUGCCAAGAACUGUCUGAAUGUCAACGAACAUGAGGAAAUGAAUGCUGAUCAGCAAGAACAACCGAUGGCCAGGUAUUGUACGUUCAUUACUUCUGCCAAGUUCAGCUGGGACAUUCUGUUCUGUUCAGUGCAGCGCGGACACAAAAUCUGCAACCAAUGGACAUCAAAUCACCUCUGGCUUUGGACAUUCAUGUGUUAACUACCGCGUAUCAUGCGGGCUACCACUCCCACAUGUUUUAAAACGACGUGGAAGGCUGAUGCAGAUGGCUACGAUAGCCCUCUGGUGGGUAACAGCACAGUAGCGUUCUUCACGUAGUGUUACGCAUAUUCUUUCGGGGCUGAUCGGUUGUGAUCUUCUCAAGACACCAGUGCAAUAUGUGCGGGCUGCGAUGUGAAUAGACAAACAAGCUGCAUGAGUGACUAGGGUUUUCGACAAUGAUUGUGUCGAACUGUGUCUGCUAAAAGGUCGCCCGAGCCCGGUGUAAAAAGUCAGGGUACUGCUCGUGUGCUGUUGACUCUGAUCGGAGACGAUGCGAAAACAAUCGGAGCACCGAGUGCGCUCCUGCUGAUUCACCAAUCAGCGUGAAUCAUUCUUCUAGUCGUUACCUAUGUUUGUGCUGUUAAUACAUACCUAUAAGAACA